AUGUCCCGUCCAGAUGACUCUUCGACAUUCGGCUCCGGCCAGAGCCAACAGCAACCCCAACCCCUGCUCCUCCACUACGCGUCCCCCGCAUCUGAAUGGUCUGAGGCCCUACCAAUCGGCAACGGGCGGCUUGGCGCGAUGGUCCAUGGGCGAACUCAGACCGAGCUUCUCCAACUGAACGAAGACUCGGUCUGGUACGGCGGUCCGCAGGACAGGACCCCAAAAGACGCCCUCCACCACCUGCCGAAGCUCCGACAACUCAUCCGAGAUGAAAAGCACGCCGAGGCCGAGUCGCUGGUGCGCGAGGCGUUCUUUGCGACGCCUGCGAGCAUGCGUCAUUAUGAACCUCUCGGCACUUGCACCGUCGAGUUCGGCCACGCCGUCGAGGAUGUGACUGAUUAUCGCCGAUACCUGUGUCUCGAAACAGCUCAGACGACCGUUGAAUAUCGAUGCCGAGGGGUUUCGUACCGUCGAGAUGCCAUUGCAAGUUUCCCGGACAAUGUACUGGCGUUCAGAGUGGUCGCGUCCGAGGCUACUCGUUUUGUCGUACGACUGAACCGUCUUAGCGAGAUUGAGUAUGAGACGAACGAGUUCCUUGACAGCAUUGACGCGACGGAUGGACGUAUUGUUCUCAAGGCGACUCCUGGUGGUCAUAAUAGCAACCGCUUGGCGAUAGCGUUGGGUGUGUCUUGCAACGAUGCAAAGGGUUCCGUGGAGGCCAUUGGCAAUGCACUGAUAGUCAAUUCGAUUUCAUGCACCAUUGUUAUUGGUGCUCAAACAACCUUUCGAACUGAGGACCCCGAGACCGCCGCUGUGGACGAUGUACUCAAAGCGUUGAGCCACCAAUGGAGUGACUUAGUUGAACGCCACCAACAGGACUAUGCCGGCCUCUUCAAUCGGACAAUCGAGACCCGGGACUAG